GUCGGACAUAUUUUUGAAAGUACACGUUGGAUCUAGUCAGGAGAACUGGCUCAGUCUUCAUUUUUUCCCUUCUAUUUAAAAUUAACUACAGAUUCACACAUAUUUGAUCCCAAUCAACAACAAAACAGAAGCAAACACUAAAACAGGUCGUUCUGUUUGCUCGUUUCCGCUGAUGCUAGCUUCCUCCGUGCAGCAGCAGCAUGUUUUCCUCCCAGACCUCGUCCUUCCAGGAUUCAAUUGACGUGGAAGAGAGAGAUGACUUUGACAGCGAAGACAUUACUGGAUACAGCCAGAAAAUUCAGCUCAACUGCUACUACACCAUCUAUCUCUAUCAGGGCACAAGAUCUGAGGCCUGUGGAGAAAAUGUGGCGUGGAAGGAGAGACGGGCAGACUCCACAACAAGUCACGACGACUUUAGCUUGACACUAAUUGACAGCAGCCUGCCAUCAGAAGCAGAACCGGAGCUGCGGACCUACAUUUCAAGGAGACUGAGUAAGGGAGCUCUUCUUGGAGGCAUGGGCAACAUUGCCACCGUGGAACUCAGUCUUCCAGAGCAGGCAGUCGGCUGCUACUGCUGUCUCCUGGAGCAGGAAAGGUCUCCUGAGCAGCCGGAUGCUGAUGGAAAUGGAUACGUCAUCUGCUUUAUGGGGGGCUCUGAAAAGGGACUGAACUUAUUUAGAUUAGAGCUUGAUAAAUACGUCCAAGGCCUACACAGCAGCCUUCAAACUCCAGAGCUGCAGAACCUUGAGACGGAAGUACGUCCCUACCUGAGCCGCUGGUACGAGGAGUCUGUCAUGCACAUUCAUCGAGUGGUGCAGCUUUUUCAGAGCUGCAUCGGCUUUUUGCUGCAUGCUGCUCUGAGUCACACCCAUGUGGAAGUCAUCAAUUCAGAUGAGAGGACAAAGGCUGAUGUAUCCAGGUUCAUCAAAGCAGCCAGUUUGCAGGGCCUGUCGCAGCAGGACACCACCACAGCCUCUCUGUGCAAAGCCUUGUCGGAGGACACGCAGUCUGACCUGAUUAUUGACUGCUCCACCUGCCCGCCCACACUCACCAACACCAUGAGUAACCGUUUCUGCGACGGAUGGAUUCAGGCGUUUCUAAAUGCUGCAGAGCGCUGCAAUCCGUUCCUGCUCAGACAGAUUCUGGAGAACUUCAAACUCAAGGCCAUCCAAGACAUGAACAGCCUGAAGCGCUUCGUGCGGCAGGCAGAGAUGAGUCACUACGCCCUGUUCCGCUGCUGCCAGUUCCUCCAGGGUUGCGGGAACGGGGACGUGCUGCUGCAAAACGCCCGGGCGGAGCACAGCGACCUUCCUGAAGCCUGCAACAUCAUCGCUGUUCUGGAUGAGUUCCUCAGGGAAAAGGCUCAGGCCUGACUCACAGUAAAUGCCACAUCUAAGGCUCCAGAUUUCCUGAUAUAUGUUGAAAAAAUGUGCUGUUAAAUAUGUAAAAAAAAAAAAAAAAAAAAGGCAGCAGGAAAUACAGUAAAUGUAAUUUAUUAACUAUCGAUGGUGGUGGUACUGUUGCUUCCAGAUCAGAAGAGUUGGGAUGGGCUCCAGAACAAUUAUGGCUUUGAAACUUGGAAAGGAUGUAAAAAUGAAUUUUAUAAGAAAAAAUGGAAUAAAUCCUAGAUAUAAGAGUUGAGUGUGUAUAUAUAGAAGCUGAGGGGUAAAUAUGACUAAUUGUGCUCAAGAAGGCCACUAAAAAGAACUGACACACAUCGGAAAUUAUGCUAACCAGGGUAAAAUGAUCUCUUGCAUAUUACUUUAGUAAUAGCCGUCUAAGUUAUUUUACUGUGUUUUUCUUUAGAGAAUGAUGCACACAUCACUUUCUAGCAUUGUUUAUUACAUAUGCCAGCCCAGUCCCUGCACUACCUUACCCUCUCAUUAAUUCUGACACUGUUUUCAUUUUUGUGUUUUAUAAAAUCAGCUUUUUUGGGAAUGCUGUGUUGUAAUUCUGGUGUAGUCUUUACAAAUGUUGUCAAAUGUGAUUAUUUCCUGGAGUUUAUGUGAAGUGUAUGGACUCUGCCACAAGAUUUGUUGAGUUUAUGUAGAUGAAUAAAAAUAGAAAAUGUAAAAAAAAAAGAAGAAUGAUAAUAAUUAAAUGGUUAAAAGUCAAUAAAUAGUUGGAACAUUAAGCUCAGAGAGUUUCCAUGAAGACUUGUCCAAAGCAUGUAAUAGAGCAAUAUCACUGUUGUUGGUGCGUAAAUAAGUUGGUUUUGUUUUAGUGUGACUGACCCAUGCAGCAUCUGUGAAGACAUUUCUGUACAUGCAGUUCUCUGUUCUAAAUAUUUUUAUGGUUCUCUCUAUGAUGAUUAAAAUAAACACAUUGAAGACGCA